AUGGAAAGCACGGAGAAGCCACCGGCUGCACAAGGCCAGGGCCAAAUUCCCAAAGCAAAACGAUCAUGGAUAAACCGUUUUCGCAGCCAACCUAGCGAUGCAGCUGGGCAUCGGGGCGGCGCGGAGUCGGUGGAAGAUUUGGAGAAUCAAAAGAUUCGCCCGGCGAAAUGGUGCUUGGGCAUUUUGAAUGACCCAGAGACUGUUGAAGUACCUGGAUCUGUACUGUUGCUCUCAACAUCUGAUCAUAAUGCUCCUUUGGGGCUUCGUAAUACGCCCGCACGUACGUCGGCUUCUUCGAUACCGUCAUUUCGCUACCCUCCUCCGCAACCACGGCACAAAGCAGGGACACCAGCUGAAGAAAAGAAACGAACUGCGGAUGGUCAAAUCAUUUUGGAUCCACAACCGGAUGACUCUCUCAAUGAUCCGUUGAACUGGCCCGCAUGGCGCCGAGAUUCUGCCCUAUUGUCACUUGGUCUCUACUGUCUGCUUGGAGGUGGAAUGACGCCAGUCCUUGCUGCGGGGUUCAACAAUGUCGCGGCUGAUUACCAUGUGUCGAUACCCAAAGUUGCCUUGACCACGGGAUUGUACAUGAUGGGUCUCGGUGUUGGCUCUGUGAUAGUGUCGCCGACUGCCAUUAUCCUUGGAAAGCGACCAGUCUAUCUUUUGGGCGCUAUAGUCUUUUUACUGUCAUCCGUAUGGUGUGCGCUCUCUCCCAAUUACGCUUCCCUUGUCGUGGCCCGGGUUAUCAUGGGCAUCGCAGUCAGUCCCUGCGAGUGUCUUCCUUCUGCUACUAUUGCGGAAAUUUUCUUCUUGCAUGAAAGAGCAUACCGAGUUGGCAUCUAUACGCUUUUGCUUCUUGGUGGAAAGAACCUCGUGCCUUUGGUCGCUGCUGCCAUUAUCCAGCGGUUAGGCUGGCGUUGGGUGUUUUGGAUCGUCGCAAUUAUUGUCGGCUUUUGCUUUGGACUGUUGUUUCUAUUUGUUCCAGAGACUUUUUGGGACCGCACACCACGUCCAAAAAAGCAGAGACCCACAUUGUCCGAACAGCUCUCGAGCGUACUUCAUUACCACCACCACCACCGGCAGGAACCACAUCGUAAAUGUACGGGUACUCUGGGCGGGGAGAUGGCUACGGAUGCUGAGACUGAGAAAUCAGUUCCCGGCACUCCGAUCGCGCCAGCCUGCUCUGGUACAAUAGCGCACAGACGACAACAGCGGAAUGCGCAUGUAGAGUUUACAGACGGCGAUGAUAAAGCCGAUGGAGACGGCACGACGUCGCGGAAAAGUGAGGAUGGGGUUCAGACACCCUUGACUCUUUCAGGAUUUGGCUUCUCUCAUACGAAUUCCGCAGCAGCAUCGGAUCCACCAGCGCUACAGUCUGCACUAUUUCCUGCUCGAGAAGAACAAGCUCUUUCUGAGCCGUCUGAACUCCAUCACUGGCCUUGUCCAGCGUCGCAUCAAGCUUCUUUGGCGGUCACAAUGUCUGAUUCAGGAGCGGGUGUCCGACCCAGCACACCAGAUCUUCACAACUUCAAUUCGCCAUUUUACGAAGGUGUCCAGCGAAAGGACACGGACUAUUUUAACAAGGAUGGCGAACCCCUAGAGUCUCCACGGCGUGUUUCACGGUCUCUGCGAAGAUUUACAUUUCCUCUCAGCAUGAAAAGUUCUUCUCAUCAUCGAAACUCAGCAUCUCAAUCUCGAAUUCGGUCUCGGCCUGCUACAGCUGACGGGGUAAUGUCGCCGCCGCUACCACUGUCGAUGCGAUAUACCAAGGAAUUGCAAUCGCAGCCACCAAAGUCUUUUGUACAGACUCUGAAACCGUGGAACGGGAGGUUGCGGCAUGAACACUGGUUUCGGAUCGCGUUUCGGCCUUUUAUCCUGUUUGCCUAUCCGUCCGUGCUGUGGAGCACGGUAAUUUAUUCGCUCAGCGUUGGCUGGUUGAUUGUGCUGUCCGAAUCUGUGUCUGAGAUUUACCGCAACAGAGAGACGUACAAUUUCAGCUCGCUCUCGGCGGGGCUGAUUUACGUUGCGCCCUUUGUCGGCGGCGUGCUCGGAACCGCCGUGGCAGGCCGAGUCUCAGACAUUAUUGUGCGGUACAUGAGUCGCCGCAAUGGUGGGGUGUAUGAGCCCGAGUUUCGGCUCGUCAUGGCCAUUCCCAUUGCCAUUUCGACCAGCAUUGGAUUAAUGGGAUAUGGAUGGAGCGCUCAGAUUCACGACCACUGGAUCGUGCCGACAAUCUUCUUUGCCAUUAUCAGUUUCGGCUGCUGUCUCGGCAGCACCACCUCCAUUACCUUUUGCGUCGACUGUUAUCGGCAGUAUGCGGGCGAGGCCCUGGUCACUAUGAAUUUUUCAAAAAAUAUCUUUCAUGGCCUCGUCUUCUCGCUCUUCUUCAAUCGCUGGCUCGCCGCUGAUGGCGCCAGGACCGUCUUUCUUUCCCUGGGCGGGAUCCAGCUGUUCUGCCUCUUGUUCACGAUACCCAUGUACAUUUUUGGUAAAAGAGCGCGCAUGUGGACGGUCCGACGGAACCUGAUGGAGAAGUUUUGA